UGUAAAAUUAUGGCCGAGCCUCUAUUAUUUAUUAUUACUCGCAUUUUUUUGCCAUUAACAUUAAUCCUUGUGUCGUUGGUGCGACCAGUUGGCCUAUCUUAUUUUUAUCUACUUACGUUUUUUCUAUCACCUUGGCUGCUGCAAUCUAAUAGCUUAAAACAACGAACCUUUUUAAAUGUGUUUAUUAUAUUUCUUUGUGUUUUAAGUACUUUCGGCAUCGUCGGUCACAUUAUAUUUAAUUUGAUAAAUUUAUUUUUUGUUGAUCUUAGCUCUAAAAAUUCAUUUUCAUUUAUAUUACGUCAAUUUGGAUUUCUGUAUUUUAAAGGCUUAAGUUUUGUUUCCAUUGCCCACUGGAUACUGCCUGAUAUUAUCGUUCUUCUGAAUACUAUUGUUUUUUUUAUUUUUUCUGAAAUUAAAUAUAAAAGAGAAAAGAGAGUUAUUCAAAAUGACGACGAUGUAUUUUACAAAAAGAGCAAGGAAUUAAAAGGUGCUUUAAAAGUUGCUGAGAUAAAUAGGGUUUUAAUCAUUGUCUAUAUUCGAUCUGUACUAAAGACAUCUCUAAUUUUUUCUCUUAUUGUGCUUUACUUUGCUGCGACUUUGAGACCUUCAUUGCCAGGAAGCCUAUACUUCUGUAUGUUUAUAAUAGCUGGCAGCUAUUGGGCACUUUUUCGCCAACGAAAAAUGUACUAUUCUGUUAUAUUUAUGAUUGUGGCGCUUUUAGUACAUAUAACAUGCAUAUUUGCUUAUCAAUUGCCAGUUUUGCAAAAUACAAUUAAUUGUGACAAAUUAUGGACCAGGCUAAUGGGAAUGGAAGUUUUAAUUCGGCUUAAUAAAGAUAAUAGAAAUGGAAAAAUUUUGGAGUUAAACCCUAAACUAAAUUUGGAUUCAUAUCUAAGCCCAAUUGCUUUAAUGUUGGCUUACUUUGCUACAACACUUAGCCUUAUAAACCGUUCUCAAUACGAGAUAUCAUUCAAUACGAUACGAAUGAAUUUGGGACCCAAAUCAAAUAGCAUAUAUGAUAAUAUACAACCUUCUAAUGAGGAAAAUGAAGAGAUAUCAAUUUUUACGGAACCUUCAAUGCUGGAACAAUUCUUUUAUAUAGUUUAUGAACUUUCAUCAUUUGUUUACAAAAAUAGCUACAUCUUGCUUAAUAUCAUAAUGAUGAUAUGGUCAAUUGUUUACCACAGUUGGUUAACCUUUGUCUUACUAAUUUGGGCAAACAUAUUAUGGAUGAUACCAAACCAACGGCGUUCAAUGAUGCGUUCCAGUCUUUUCGUGGUUUUUUAUUCUCAAAUUCUACUUUUGGCCCAAUAUAUAUACGGCAUGAAUUUAUAUGAAAGUGAGUUGCCAACAAAAGUUACGAGCUGUGGACUAAACCUGGAACAAAUUGGUUUUGUUCAUCCACAAAGUAAAGACAGUCUGCCUUGGAUACCUUUAACUGUGAAAACUGUAUUCCUAUUUGUGUUUUGGGUAACUUCGCGGCAAUAUUUUAGAGAAAUAUCUCUGGAUCGGCAACAAAGUGACCUACUGCAACAAAUCUUUGCAACUCAUCGCUCUCGAUCAGAACAUCUGCUUUCUAAAAAGUCACAAACACCUCAGAUAUUUAUAUAUAUCUUAAAAAGCACAUCACAUUUUAUAACGCGGAUAUGGAUGUGGUUGCUGAUAUUUUUAAUCUUCUUAUGUGCCAUGAUUGAUCGCACCAUGACAGGAAUUAGAAUAUGCUACAUGUCACUGUUUUUACUAUUUCUGAUGGUUUUCCAAAUGUCUUUACAGUUGUGGAUUAGGUUUCUCUACGGAUACUGGAUAUUUUUGAUUUUUUAUGCAAUGACUAUACUAACGGCAAUUUAUACAUAUCAAUUCGAUCACUUUGAUUACUAUUGGGAGAAAUUUCUCAAAGUACACUCAACUCUGCAAUGUGAUAUAGGCUUAAGACGCUACCAAACAAAGGACCUAUUUUUACAUCUUCUUAUACCAACACUGACAGUUAUUUUUACUGUGGUUCAGCUCCAUUAUUUUCACCGACGCUUUGUGGAGUCUGUACGACGUCCCAGAUCUACAGAAGGUCAAAAUUUCCAUUUGGCACCCAAUGCAGAGACGCGUGCUUCACAAAAAACUCUGGAUAUACACAGACAGUCGUGGAAAGUAUUCUUUGAUGCCGGCUAUGAAAAUGUACGUGCAAAGGGACGCCAAUUGUUUAAUCCAGGAAAGAUAGUCGCUUGGAAAUUUUUAGAAAUGCAUAUGAUAAAGACAGUUACCUUGGCCUCUUUUUAUUGUGCAAUAUCCGAAAUUUGUUUUUUAAAUUUAUUUCUUGUCAUAUUGUCUUUAUUGGGUAUUUGUGGUAAUCGUUUUCUUAGGCGUGUUAUUUUUAGAGCUGUUACAUUUUGGAUUUCAUUGUUGGUGCUAAUGAAAAUGAUCUAUCAAAUAAAGUAUCUGGAUCAAAGCCAUUACAAUUUUAAAUGCGGGAACGUCACAGUUAACUUUGCAGAGUGGAUGGGCUUGCGAAAAACUGGAACGGUGUUCGGUGUUCAUCUGCGCUAUAUCUCGUCGUACAUUAUUUAUAUGAUUUUGACGUCAUUGCAUGCAGUUGUUAAACUUCGGGACCAUUUAAUUAGAUACUCGACUCAUAAACAAAAGGAUACAAAACUUUUAUUUCCAGAUAUAACAAGACAGGAUGCGGAGCGCGACUUUCCUGGAUUGUUGAAAUAUGUACUUAAUUAUGGCUACUUUAAAUUUGGUUUCGAAAUUACUAUGAUUGGACUUAUGUCAACAAUUGCUCACAGACGAGAUCUCUUUGCCUUAACAUAUUUAAUAUGGCUAGUUCUUUUAUUGUGUCUUAGUCGAUUUCGUUGUGCGCGUAUUUGGGAAAUGUUACAGCUUUAUUUUGUUUUAUCUAUUUUUGUUCAAUAUGUGUACCUCUUAAACUUUCCUCCCAACCUUUGCAAUGUAAUUUCAUAUAAUUCGCUUUGGAGCAUAUCGGGUUCUAAAAACUAUACAAAUAGAUCAAAUAUUAUGUUUGACUAUAUAGUUCUCUUGCUAAUUUCACGGCAGCGAAAAUCGUUUCGGGUAGAGAUGAGGCAUAUUAAUGAUCUAUCUUACCGAGGAGGAGUUAAUACUAACGUUGUUCACAAUAUAGCAAAGUUGGGUCACGUUUAUUUUGAAAACCCUACGCACGAUUUUUGUACUUACGUACGUAACUAUGCGGAUGUUUUAAAAACUGCUAUAUUUUUCAGUUUUUUUUGGAUCACUCUUGCUAUUGUAUUUCUCGGUGGCGUUUGUAGCACGGACAUUCUUUCUUUGGGCUACAUUAUAUUUGCUUUGAUCUUUUUAUUGCAGGGCUCCGAGAUAUACCUGCAAAAUAUUCACUUUAUUAUUUGCCGUUGGAACUGUCUGAUUGCUUUUAAUAUUUUCAAUAUUAUCGUUAAAGUUGCAAUUAUUGUUCUUGAAGGUACUAUAAAUCUGGAACAUAAAUCGAUAUUAAGUAUUGUUUUUAAUGUCAUGCAUCAAACCGCACCCUGCGAAAACAUUAUGGACGGAAAAUUUUUUGAAAUUAAUGAAAUAUCAGAGAAAAAGUACUGCUAUGGACCAAGCGAUAUGAUUUUUAAGAAUACUUUAGUCUGGCAUGCGAUCAUUUUUUCUUUUGUUGUUUUCCAGUAUCGAAUUUUUGGAUCAUAUUAUUUCUGUCACGUAAUAAUGGAUACGCAAGCUAAUACUAUUCUUGCUUCCAGGGGAGCUGCCAUAAUUGAAAAUUUGCACUAUAAACAAAUAUAUGAUCGUCGAAAAAAUGAACAAAGUGUGUUGGAAAGAGUAAAAAUGAAGAUGGAACGUAUUCGAAUUACCAAUCGAAGACAUCAAAAACAAGCUACAGGAUUGGACUUCCAGCCUCAUAAGCCUCCUAGCAGCAUUAUUCAUGUGCACUAUAGGGCAGAAGAAAAAUCGAAGCUCAAAACAUUGAAUAAUGAGUUUUUAACAACAAUCAAACAAGCUGAAAGAGACACAUAUUUUAGUCGUUCCCUAAAACCGAGACGGCGGGACUUAAGCCUUCACCCACAUGCUGUUCGCACAGGAGAUUAUUAUAUGUUUAAUGAAUUGGACGACGAUGAUGAUUUAGAUGUUUAUGAGGAAUAUGAUUUCUUGGAAAAAGAAGAUGUACGCGCUCGACAAAUGCGUCAAUCUUUAAGGUCCAGGGCAAGCAAUUAUAAUAGAAGCAAAUCGUUCUUAAAUGACGAAAAUUCUGACACCGAUACCAAAAAACUUGAAACUCAUCCGGUAAUUAUACUCACAUCAGAACUAAUUGUUUUACUCACAUUCAGAUUAAAUCGGCUAUCAAAAAAUUUCCGAUUUGUACAUAAGAUGCUCUCUGCUGAGAAAAAAAAACUUCAGAAUAUAAGUAUUAUGAAUCGACUGGGUUUAUCAAAUACUGCGGCAAUGUUCAAGUUUUUAAAUAAAUCUUUAAAUAACAAAGUAAUAAAAGAGGCUGGUUCGUAUUAUGUCUCCCAGGAUAAUGAUUUUACUACUCUUGACCAUAAUGACUUCGUUCAAAUGUUAAUUGCUUUAUGGUAUGCACUUAUUGCCAAUACCGAGACAAUAUGCUACUUGGUCGUGUUUCUUAAUCAAGCUGCUAAUUCAUCAGUGAUUUCACUGCCAAUGCCUUUUUUAGUUCUGUGCUGGGGUGCUUUAACAUUGCCUAGACCAUCCAAAACAUUUUGGGUUACUUUGAUUACAUAUAAUUUGACGAUGAUAUUUGUAAAAUCCAUUAUGCAUCAAAGAGUAUUACUUGACCAACAGCUUGUUAGCAGGUCAAAUUCGUUGAGCUUUGAACUUAUUAUGAAGCGUGGAAGAGCUGUUUACGACCUUCUUUUACUUGUUGUAUUAUUUUGGCACCAGUAUAUGUUGAAAAAGCAAGGCAUUUGGACAAUUCAACGUACAAACUCGGAGCUAUUACUAUUGGAAAAAAAACGAAAUCAUUACAAACGCAGCUUUAGCAAGGAGAGACCUGAGAAUAUACGCAAGCUUCUAAGGGAAGAGGGAGGUGGCGAGCAAGUAAAAGCAGUUCGUCCUAAUGCAAUAGAAUUCAAGAGAGAGAUGGAUGAUAUCCUACUACCAGCUUUGGAAAACAAAUACGUGUACCAAAACAUUGAAUCCGAAUAUUACCGCAAAGCAAUGCAGGGAUUAGCGAAUAAAGGAGGCUUGUUAUCCGGAUUCCGUAAAUUUUUUUUAGCGUUGAGACAUAAGUCCCGACUGUCAACUGAUGUUUAUACGUUAUUAUUUCUCUGUGAUUUUAUUAGCUUUUUCAUUUUACUGUUCGGAUUUCCUAAAUUUGUGUAUCGGUAUAAAUAUAGCACUAGUGUACUGGAGACGUAUAUCCAAGGAAACAAAGUGCCGUUUACAUUUCUUCUGAUGUUGAUUGUGCAGUUUAUUACAAUUGUAACGGAACGCGCCAUUUAUUUACGAAAAGCACUUAUAUACAAAAUAUUUUUUCACUUUAUCUCGGUUUUGGGAAUUCAUAUUUGGAUGUUCUUUUUGGUGCCGUAUAUAACAUCACACAGUUUUGGUGAAACUGCCCCUGUUUUAUUUUAUUUAAUAAAAUGCCUGCAUAUGUUGCUAUCUGCAUACCAAAUAAGAUGUGGUUACCCAAAACGAAUUUUGGGUAAUGUAUUUACAAAAGGAUAUUCAUUGGCGAACUAUAUAGCUUUUAAAAUUUAUAUGGAAAUUCCAUUUUUGUAUAUUCUGCGAACAAUGUUAGACUGGGUAUGCAUAGACACAACUCUUACAGUAAUGGAAUGGAUAAAAAUGGAGGACAUUUUCCAGUCGGUAUUUAUUGUACGAUGCUAUAGGCAAAUGGAUACAGAUUUUCCUGUUCUACGAGGAGAACCAAAAGCUUUGUAUUCGAAACUUCUAAUUGGUGGAACAAUUAUAUUAAUUCUUAUUGCCCUGAUUUGGAGUCCACUGUUCCUAUUUGCACUUGUUGGAACAGUCGGUAAGCCUAAUAUACCACAAAAGGCUGAUAUAACAGUAAAAAUCAAUCACUAUGAACCAAUUUAUGUUUCGCAAAGCAAUUCCGACAUUCUUCAAUUUUCAAACUCAGAUUUUCAAAAGCUAACUAACCAUAUAAUUUUGGAUAACUAUGCAUCGGAUUCUAUGAUGCUUUAUGAUGCGGUUGAUGUUACCGCUAUUAAGUUUUAUGAAAACUCCAUAUCUCUAUGGAAUAUGCCGCCACCUGAUAAAGAACGUUUGUUACAUGAUUUGAGUAACGGUGAAACAUUGGAUAUACAUCUAACUCUUACCUUAAAAUGUAAUUUGACACCAGAAGCAGUAAUCUAUGAAACUACUUAUACACUAACGGAGAACAAAGUACAUACAAGGGAUAAGCUCAUUAGACUCAUGUCUAACAAUUUUUCCAAUGAGAAAGUUAUUAUACCGAAUAUUUUACCAAAGUUUAUCACUGUUCAAAGACAACAAGCUAAUGCAAAAUUUAUAAAGGACUACGAUG